AGCACAUUUCUCAAGCUCGUCUCCAGAGCACGAGAGCAAUGCACAGCAGAUGCCUUUAUAUUUGCUUUCAUGCCUCGCGCCGUUGACUCAAUAGAGUGAUUUAAUAGACCACAUGAGCACAACAGCAUCAGUUCACUGUCAGCCAUAGAGCUGCAUUUCUAAAGGUUUUACUUGGAAUAUCUUACAAAACACAAGAAGCGCGCGACGCAUCAUCUAGAUGAGCAGCCGCGCGCGCUGUCAGCAAGAGACGAGCGCGAGACACGUCGCUAUCUCAUGGUGCGCGUAAGUUUCAGGGAUUGACUGAUGUUGAAGAGGCUGAAAGCUGCUAGAAAACACAAGAUUCCCUUGAGCGUUGUAUAAGACAAACAUCUCCAGUCAGUGGUCUCCAAAGAAUGGAAAAGAGUCUUCUGCCUGGACCAAACGACAUUGUGAUGGCCACCCCACCGAGUUCAUUUCAGCAGGAGCCCCUCACGCCUCCAAGAUCCUCCCUUAAGCCCAACCAAGUCGGGCAGGUCAUCCUCUACGGGGUGCCUAUUGUCUCACUGGUAAUUGACAAUCAAGAGCGGUUAUGCCUGGCUCAGAUAUCCAACACCCUGUUAAAGAACUACAGCUACAACGAGAUCCACAAUCGUCGAGUGGCUCUGGGCAUCACCUGCGUGCAGUGCACCCCAGUCCAGCUCGAAAUCCUUCGGCGGGCGGGCGCCAUGCCCAUUUCCUCCCGGCGCUGUGGCAUGAUCACCAAACGGGAGGCAGAGCGACUUUGCAAGUCUUUCCUGGGUGAGAAUUCUCCACCCAAACUGCCAGACAACUUUGCGUUCGACGUGAUGCAUGAAUGUGCUUGGGGCUGCCGGGGAAGUUUCAUCCCAGCGCGCUACAACAGCUCCAGGGCUAAAUGCAUCAAGUGCUCCUACUGUAAUAUGUACUUCUCCCCUAACAAAUUUAUCUUCCACUCACACCGCACACCUGAGGCCAAGUACACGCAGCCAGACGCAGCCAACUUCAACUCCUGGCGUCGGCACCUUAAACUGACAGACAAAACACCACAGGAGGACCUGAUGUUUGCCUGGGAGGAUGUAAAAGCCAUGUUCAAUGGAGGAAGUCGCAAGAGGGCACUUCCUUCCUCUAACUGCUCACCCAUGGGUUCUGUCAAGGCCGUAAACUCGGUUCUGCCCCACAUGAUCUCUCCGGAGUUAGCUCAGAAAAGGGGCCGGUAUGAGGACGAUGAUGAUUUGGACACCAACAGCCUCUCGCCUCGAAAAGCCCCCCGCAGUUACCCGGUCAUUCCGGUCCCGAGCAAAGGUUUCGGGAUGUUGCAGAAGUUCCCAACAACGUCACUAUUCCCCAGCCCCUACACCUUCCCUGCAUUCGGGCUGUGCCCGCAAAAGAAGGACGACAGCGAGGCAACCAAUGGACAGAAAAACAGCGGCCUCUCAGGGCUUCUUUGGCCCGGCCGCAAGGACACUUUUUACCCACCCUUCUGCAUGUUCUGGCCCCCGAGGGCAACUGGGGGCAUUCCGGUACCCACUUACCUGCAACCCCAACCCAAUGCUCUUUCCUCCCUCACAGAAAGCCCAUCUCUAAGACAAGCCUUUUUGGAUCUGUCUGAACAGAGCGAUGCCAGUUCAGGCUUGGACACGAACCCCAGGUCCGGGCUGUUCGAGAGCGACUGCCCGCCCGUGACCUCUGACCUGCGACCGGCCCCGGAAGGCUGGUUAAAGCUGCUGGACGCUCCCUCGCUGCAAGCCCGCAAGGCCAGCUACCACUCUGCCUUCCGCCCGGUGGUCAAAGACGCAGAAAGCAUCGCCAAGCUCCACGGCAGCCUGGAGGACUUCGGGCCAGAGAGGCACCUUUCCCCCGGCACCAGCUGCAGCUACCAAAGUGACAGCGGUGAAAGUGAUGAGGAGCAAGAAGUGGAUGUGGAGACAAAACAGGAUGAGGAACAGGAGGAUUUCGCCAGCCGAUCAGCGCAGACGCCCCCGCAGACGUUGCAGCAGCCGUGCGGCCUGCACAUGCGCGGACUGCCAGACAACAGCACUGGUGAUCAGGCCAAAGAACAAGCCUCCUUCCCGAGCAUUCCCGCCGAGACCUCAGCAGAGGACAAACCCAGCCUUCCUGUCAGUCCGCCCACCAUUCUCAAAGUCCCCAGCCCCGUUCACGGCUCGCUGGAGGAAAGCGCCGCGUACAGAAAUGCUCACAAGAGCAGAGACGAUGGGCUGCCGGCCUAUGCAACCAAAAACAAAACAACCAUCUCAGAUGACAGCAAAGAGCAAAGCAGUUUUUUCGUCCCAGAGACAGAAACGUCGUCCGCACCAGAAUACUGGCGAGAGAAUUCAACAGACCAAAGUCAAGACACAAGCUCUCCCGUAUCACUCAAGAAAGACGUUGAGAACAUGGAAAAAGAGGAACUCCAGAAAGUUCUCCUUGAACAGAUAGAUUUACGGAGGAGACUGGAGCAGGAGUUUCACGCUCUGAAAGGCAGCUCUCCAUUUCCAGUUUUCCAUAACUUUCAGGACCAAAUGAAGAGAGAACUGGCUUACAGGGAAGAAAUGGUGCAGCAGUUACAGAUGAUUCCCUAUGCAAACAUCAUUAGAAAAGAAAAGGUCGGGACACAUCUAAGCAAAAGCUAAAUGGUAAAUUCAUCUGAAACUAAAUCAAGCUGCUCUCAACAUCCUUUGACAAGAAGAGGUUAAAUCAUCCCAAUCUCAAGCACAACAAAAGGAACCUCUUCACCGGAUCAAAAUGUUGAACACUGUCAUUGAUAAACCACCUGAACAAAGUCCAUCUCUCCAAUGAAACCAAACGGCAUCAGCGAACUGAUACACAGAACAAUUACAAGCAUCUACCAAUGAUUUGACAUAUUUCCUGUACAGUAACCCCACUUUGAUGAUUUAUGAACUUAAGUUUAUUUAUUACUUAUGCACUGACUCACUUGGUCAGUGGAAAACUGUACAAUUCUAUUAGCUCUAGGUUGUAAAUGUACAUACAGAGGUUGUGGCGGGAACGGGUUGCUCUGUACUGUGGCUGAUGUCUGAGAGAAAGUGUGAAAACCUUUCUUGUUUUGCCUGUUUAAAUACAACAUUGACAUACGUUUAAAAAUCUUAUUAUUAACUGUUCAUGCAAAUGUAUUUAAAUAUGUUCUUGUAGUUUCUCUACUAUUUAUGUGGAUAAUUAAAGUCUAUAAGAUGAAAAAGACUGACAAUUCUUUUUAAAUGUUUUUUUCUUUUUUUACAUUGAGUGGCACUUGAAAACAUAUUUUAUCAAAAGUCACAAACAUGCUCACAAUACGAUUUAACACAAUUUCAAACUAAAGAAAGAAAAUUAGAUAUAUAAAACAUAAUAUUUAUGUAUUUGGCAGACACUUUAAGAAUUUCCAUUUUUUUUAUUUUUUAUGUUUAUCAGUGUGUUUCCUGGGAAUUAAACCUACGUGACUACUGAAUAGGCUACUGUAUAUGUUCUGUCAAAUAUAUUACAUAUAUGAAUCAUUUAAUACUAUAAAAUACUGCUAUAAUAUAUGGAAUACUUUUCCUUGUAGAUCAGCAAACAAAUAAAAGUAGGUUGCUGUACAAAAUAAGAUACAAAUAAAUAUCUACAAUGUAUCGAUUCAGCCAUAGAAAUACAGAGAGCACGUGAUUCAAUUGUUUUGCGUACACGGUACAUAGCCUAGCUACAUUUAGAACAACAUACAUAGUUAAAUUAGUAGCCUCUGUAGUUAGAAUAGUAUGACUGUAUAUUCAAAGGCCCUGUCCCAAAUGGAACACUUCUAUGCACUUUCGGUCUUGUGGACUUACAAUGGCUGCAGCGUGCGCGUGUCCGUUAAGUCCACGAGACCGUAGGGUGUCCCAUUUGUCGAUUUUAGGCUUCAGAAGG